UCGUCUGGUCGCUGCCUGCGAGGAGGAUGCGACCGUCGCUACGCCCUCCAGGCCACCGCAUCCUUCCCCUCCUCCUGGCCUUGCUGCUACCCUCGCCGCUCCCGGCCCGCGGCCCCACGGCUCCAGGCCCCGCCGCCGCUCUGCUCCAGGCUCUUGGGCUGCGCGACGCGCCCCGGGGCGCCCCAAAGCCCCGGCCCGUACCCCCCCUCAUGUGGCGCCUGUUCCGCCGCCGGGACCCCCAGGAGGCCAGGGCAAAACUGCGAUGGACGCCUCCAGGGGCCACCCUGAGACCAUGCCACGUGGAGGAGCUGGGGGUCGCCGGAAACAUAGUGCGCCACAUCCCGGACCGCGGCGGGCACCGAGCAGGGACGCAGCGCGAGCCGAGCCCUCUCCCUGCCUCCUCAGGUGCGCAAGCCCGGACCCCAAAACCCACCAUGACCGCGGGGCAAUGCCCGGAGUGGACCAUCGAUUUCGACCUGUCAGCCGUUGAACCCGCCGAGCUCCCGAGCCGGGCCCGCCUGGAGCUGCGCUUCGAGGCGGCGGAAGCGAAAGCUGGUGCAGCGCCCGGCUGGGAGCUGAGCGUGGCGCCAGCGGUCGAGGGCGUGGGCACAGGCCCAGUGCUGCUCCGCCAGGCGGUGGCUGCCCUGGAAACACCAGUGCACGCGGAGCUGCUGGGCGCCGCCUGGGCCUGGAAUGCCUCAGCGCCGCGCAGCCUCUGCCUGGCACUGGCGCUGCGUCCCCAGGCCCCCGGCGCUUGCGCGCACCUGGCCGAGGCCUCGUUGUUGCUGGUAACCCUCGACCCACGCCUGUGCCACCCCCUGGCCCGACCGCGGCGUGAAGCCGAGCCCGCGGUGGGCGGCGGCCCCAGCAGCGCAUGUCGCGCACGGCGGCUCUACGUGAGCUUCCGCGAGGUGGGCUGGCACCGCUGGGUCAUCGCGCCGCGCGGCUUCCUCGCCAACUACUGCCAGGGCCAGUGCUCACUGCCCGCCACGCUGCCUGGGCCCGGCGGGCCACCCGCACUCAACCACGCUGUACUGCGUGCGCUCAUGCACUCGGCUGUCCCCAGCGCCGCCGGCCUGCCCUGCUGUGUGCCCGCACGCCUGUCGCCUAUCUCCGUGCUCUUCUUUGACAACAGCGACAACGUGGUCCUGCGACACUACGAGGACAUGGUGGUGGACGAGUGCGGCUGCCGCUGACGUAACAGACGGGAGCAGGGCCCAAUAAACACUGCGUGGUCCAAUGGUU